UCUUUCUUUCGCCGCGCAGUCUCGGUGCGGCGCGGGCUCGUGGGGAGCGCGAGGCUGCCGAGGUGCCCGCGGGAAGGAGGCUGGCCCCGGCGCGUCCCGCGCCCGAGCCUGCUGACAGCUGCAGCUGGGCUCGAGCUGUCCGCUCUAGGCUCCGCGGCCUCCGCCCCCCUCGGGCUCCCUCCCCUCCGCCCCUACCCCUCCUGCCCCGGUGCGGAUCGUUUCGCAACUGCUCGCCUCUCGCCCCAUGCCCGGCUGUUUUCUAUUUCCCGGCCCCUCUUCUUGAAUACUUUGCCCCCUGCAUUUGGGGAGAGGGGCUUGCAAGGGAGCGGCGGAGCGUCCAGAGAAGAAGGAAGCGAGGCCGGGAGGAGGAAGAUCGGCGGACUGUAGGGAGGAGACCCCACGCCACCCUUUCUGGUCCUCUCCCCUCCCGCCCCGCCCCUACGCACACUCCCUCGCCGGCGAGCUACUUUCGGACGGGAAAGUGAGGGCGGCCCAGGGUGACAGCGCUGCUGGGCUAGUCCCGGGGAAGCCGCGCGUCUGCUCGCGUCUUGCCCGCCGCACUCCCAGCCAGGGGGACAGCCCGGACCGAGAAUGGCUUCAACUACAACCUGCACCAGGUUCACGGACGAGUAUCAGCUUUUCGAGGAGCUUGGAAAGGGGGCAUUCUCAGUGGUGAGAAGAUGUAUGAAAAUCCCUACUGGACAAGAAUAUGCUGCCAAAAUUAUCAACACCAAAAAGCUUUCUGCUAGGGAUCAUCAAAAACUGGAAAGGGAAGCUAGAAUCUGCCGUCUUUUGAAGCACCCCAAUAUUGUGCGACUUCAUGACAGCAUAUCAGAAGAGGGCUUUCAUUACUUGGUGUUUGAUUUGGUUACUGGAGGUGAACUGUUUGAAGACAUAGUGGCGAGAGAAUAUUACAGUGAAGCUGAUGCCAGUCAUUGUAUACAGCAGAUUCUAGAAAGUGUAAAUCAUUGUCACCUAAAUGGCAUAGUUCACAGGGACUUGAAGCCUGAGAAUUUGCUUUUAGCUAGCAAAUCCAAGGGAGCAGCUGUGAAACUGGCAGACUUUGGCUUAGCCAUAGAAGUUCAAGGAGACCAGCAGGCGUGGUUCGGUUUUGCUGGCACACCUGGCUAUCUUUCUCCGGAAGUUUUACGUAAAGAUCCUUAUGGAAAGCCAGUGGACAUGUGGGCAUGUGGAGUCAUUCUCUACAUUCUGCUGGUUGGAUACCCACCCUUCUGGGAUGAAGACCAACACCGACUCUAUCAGCAGAUCAAGGCUGGAGCUUAUGAUUUUCCAUCACCAGAAUGGGACACAGUGACUCCUGAAGCCAAAGACCUCAUCAAUAAAAUGCUUACUAUCAACCCCGCCAAGCGUAUCACAGCCUCAGAGGCACUGAAGCACCCAUGGAUCUGUCAACGUUCUACUGUUGCUUCCAUGAUGCACAGACAGGAGACUGUAGACUGCUUGAAGAAAUUCAAUGCCAGAAGAAAACUAAAGGGUGCCAUCUUGACAACUAUGCUGGCUACGAGGAAUUUUUCAGCAGCCAAGAGUUUGUUGAAGAAACCCGAUGGAGUGAAGGAGCCCCAAACUACUGUAAUCCACAACCCUGAUGGAAACAAGGAGUCAACUGAGAGUUCAAAUACAACGAUUGAGGAUGAAGAUGUGAAAGCACGAAAGCAAGAGAUUAUCAAAGUCACUGAACAAUUGAUUGAAGCUAUCAACAACGGGGACUUUGAAGCUUACACAAAAAUCUGUGACCCAGGCCUUACUGCUUUUGAACCUGAAGCUUUGGGUAAUUUAGUGGAAGGAAUGGACUUUCAUCGAUUCUACUUUGAAAAUGCUUUGUCCAAAAGCAAUAAACCAAUCCACACUAUUAUCCUGAACCCCCACGUUCAUCUGGUAGGUGACGAUGCUGCCUGCAUAGCGUACAUUAGGCUCACACAGUACAUGGAUGGCAGCGGAAUGCCAAAAACAAUGCAGUCCGAAGAGACACGUGUGUGGCAUCGCCGGGAUGGAAAGUGGCAGAAUGUUCAUUUUCAUCGCUCUGGGUCGCCAACAGUACCCAUCAAGCCAUCCUGUAUUCCAAAUGGGAAAGAAAACUUCUCAGGAAGCACCUCUUUGUGGCAAAACAUCUAAGGCCUGAAAACCAUUCACAUAUGGGUCUUCUAAAUAUCAACAGUGCCACUUCUGCAUUCUCUGUUUUCAAGGCACCUGGAUGGUAACCCUGGGCCGUCCUCUCCUCCUCUUCAUGCAUGUUUCUGAGUGCAUGAAGUUGUGAAGGUCCUACGUGUAAUGCAUAUGUGAUGCAUCAUUUGUCAUAUAUUCCUUCCUAUACAUUGUUUACACUUCUAAGGGGAUGUUCCAUGCAAACUUCAAUCACUGUUGGCAGACAAUAAGGGGAGGUCAGACAAAAAAACAAAAAAAAAAACCCACAAUAUUCCGAGUACAGCCUAGUCAUCCAGUUUGUGUUCAUGCCAAGACUUAAGAGACUUCAAAAUCAUCGUCCUCUGAAUGACCGUUUGUAAGAGAAAUGUAAAUUUUUAAAAACUCUUUGCUGAUCAUCUGUUUUAGCUUGUUUGUUUAACCAAAAAAAAAAAAGCAAAAAAAAAAUUUACCUGAUGUGAUCCUGGUUGAAAUGGAUGGUUUUUCACUGAAAGCUUUCUUGCUGUUUAACGAUUAAAGUGGGUUGAUAUGUGGACAGAGUCACUUAAGAAUGUGGAUGCAAAAAUCAGUCGGUUUGUUCUACUAUCUAAAGUCAUAUCGUUUUUGAUCAAACUACGUAAACUGGAAAAACUCACACCACUGAUGAGUUUGAUCACUUUAGGGUAUACUCGCACUGCUCUGGUGAAAUUCGCUGGAUUGAAUUUUUUCUUUCUCAAACCUGUGCUCUUUUCCAUUUCAGCCUAUUUACUACUUUUGUUUUCUUCCUUUUAUAUUUUUCUUCAUUUUUUUUUUUUAAAUCUGCUAGUGUAUGAGAAAAGUGAAAUUUGCAGAAUGAAACUGAGGCCUCUAAGAGGUGGCUAAACUAGUACUUUUGAUCAUCUUCAGGGCCCACAAAAAAAGACGUUAAGAAGGGUUCAAAGGUUUUUAAUUCUGCUUUGGACGUAGGGAUCCUAACUGUGUUGGAGGCAUUAGAAUUAUUUAAUCUUAUAAAAGUGGGUUCCCACUGUACCAGCACAGUGUCUUACUGACAGGGGCAGUUGCCAAGAGGUACCACAUUGGCCAUGGAUCAGGAUUUUGUGCAAAUGCACAUCCUUCUGCCCCUCCUGAAUCAUCACUGGCUAGUGUUCUGAACCGAGAGAGGCCUGUGAGCGUUUUCCAUUCUCCUAAAUGUUUUGAACUCAUCUUCGUGACUUGUGCUUUGACAGCUUCUCUCAUGUGUCAGAGUAAUAUUUUGAGUUAGCAUUUUCCAGUUUUUUUAAAAAAAAAAAAAAAAAGGAAAAGGGAAAUGUCCCUGUUUUCUUUGUGCUUCUCAUUUCUCCUUUGUUGAUGCAAUUCUGUGAGGCUUUUUCUCCUCCCUGAAAUGCUUUCUAGUGCAUGAUUAUCUUCAUCACCAUUAUUUUAACAAUAGUAAUGCACAAUUCUCAGAAGCCUAUUUUUAAAACAGAAGCAAAAAAACAAAAAAACCCUCCCUCUUUUCUCUCAUUUUAUCUUUCUGUGUUGAUUACUAAUCACUUUAGCUAUUGUUGCUAGUGGAUGUAUGGUAGAUGGAUUGAAGCUUUUCUGAUAAUUAUUACACAAUAUAAAACAAUAUAUAUUUAAAAUAAAUAUAUACAGUAAAUGUAUUGAGCCAUGUUAACCUGCCAAUGAGAUCUGUGAAAAAGUAAUGGCCUCAUUUUUCCCUUUUUAAUUUCUUUACCUUUUUGUGAAGCGGCUAUACGUGGCAUACAUGUAUUUUUAAAGACUAGGUAUAGAGUGUUUGUUUUUCUUUUUUUUCUUUUUUUACACUUUUAGCAUGUGGUGUUGAAGUAUUACCGUAGAUCAAGUUUGUCUUCCGCACUCAGAUGUGAGGAGUUUGUGAUUUGUUCUCUCCACCACAAUUGAAUUACACAUUUAUUAUCUUCUAUCAUUUUGAAACACUGCAGUUUACCAUGGGACACUGUAUAUAUUUCUUGCCAUAAUGGUAAAUGACUGAUUGAUAUAUUUAAGAGUUAAUAAAUUUGUGAUUUCUGCUGA